AACAGGGCCAAAGUUGGUAUUACUCAGAGUGUGGGCAAGGUCCUGGGGCUAUAGUCACACCAUCUGGUCCCAUGCCAGUCACGCCCAGCUUGAGCUCAAGCACAAGCAUCCUUCAGGGCUGUUUCAAUGCCACCAUCGCACCAUAGCGGGUGGUGAGCCCCUGGGCUGGCCAGUCGCCCCAGAGAAAAGAGGAAAGGCAUGAGACACAUCCAGGAGGUCUGGCAGCAGCUUUUACCCAUCCAGCCCUAAACCCACAGAUCCCAGGCUCUUGCUGCUCUCUGGUGGCAGGAGCCAGGAGCCAGAGCCUCGGGGAUCGCACCUUGCAUGCUCCGCUAGGGCAAGGGCAAGCAGAGAGUGACCAGUGACAGUGGGAGAGAGGAAAGGAGGCUUCGAGACGCAGCUGGGGCAAAGAGGACCGGGGUCCAGAGAGAGCCGAGGAAAGGAGAACAAGGGGACAGCUAGGGUAGAGGGCAGUCGUGGGCACCGGCAGGGACCCCCUCAGCCGCUGGUCGCGCAGAGCCGGCUGCUUCUCCAGCCGGCAGCCCUCGCUCGCACCGGCCGCCCCCUCCUCCCUCCCGGCCGCCCCUCCUCCGUCCCGCCCCCGCGCAGAGUCCCAAGCGCUGCAGAGGCCGCCGCCUGCACUGCCGCUCCCGGAGCCGCGCUCGCCUGGACGCGCUUAGAGAAGGGCACUGGGCGACCGCCCCGGCCCUUCCCUCCCUGCGACUCCGCGGCCACCGCUAGAUCCGUUUCCUCGCGCCAUCGUUCCCGCUGGGACCUUCACAGCCCGGUGGCCUCCUCUCCACUCCCCCUGCACUACAGUUUCCCUGCGGCCCCCUCCGUGGCGGGAACUUGGGCAGGACCGACGGGACCGGCGCGCUGGGCUGGCUCCGGCGCUGCGGCGAUGCCCGCGGGCCCCCUCCCCGCCACUUGCUCGCCCUGUGCCGGGGCUCGGGCCCCGACGGCUGCGCCGUGAGAUGACUUUCCGCGACCUCCUGAGCGUCACUUUUGAAGGACCCCGCUCGAACAGUAGCACUGGGGGCUCCGGCGCAGGCGGUGGAGCUGGCACGGCUGGACCAGAGGGCCCUUCGGUGGGCGGCGUGCCAGGGACCGCUGGCGGUGGAGCUGUGGUGGGGACCGGCAGCGGUGAGGACAACCAGAGCUCCACGGGAGAACCGGGGGCUGCUGCUGGCGGCGAGGUGAAUGGCUCAGCGGCCGUCGGGGGGCUGGUGGUGAGUGCACAGGGCGUGGGAGUGGGAGUCUUCCUAGCGGCCUUCAUCCUCACCGCUGUGGCGGGCAACCUGCUCGUCAUCCUCUCGGUGGCCUGCAACCGCCACCUGCAGACGGUCACCAAUUAUUUCAUCGUGAACCUAGCGGUGGCUGACCUGCUAUUGAGUGCGGCUGUGCUGCCCUUCUCAGCCACUAUGGAGGUUCUCGGCUUCUGGGCCUUUGGUCGAACCUUCUGCGAUGUAUGGGCCGCUGUGGACGUGCUGUGCUGCACCGCCUCCAUCCUUAGCCUCUGCACCAUCUCUGUGGACCGGUACGUGGGCGUGCGCCACUCGCUCAAGUACCCAGCCAUUAUGACCGAGCGCAAGGCAGCUGCCAUCCUGGCCCUGCUCUGGGCGGUGGCCCUCGUGGUGUCUGUGGGACCGCUACUGGGCUGGAAGGAGCCAGUGCCCCCAGACGAGCGUUUCUGCGGCAUCACCGAGGAAGUGGGCUAUGCUGUCUUCUCUUCCGUGUGCUCCUUCUACCUGCCUAUGGCAGUGAUCGUGGUCAUGUACUGUCGCGUGUAUGUGGUUGCACGCAGCACCACGCGCAGCCUCGAGGCAGGCAUCAAGCGGGAGCCUGGCAAGGCCUCCGAAGUGGUGCUGAGGAUCCACUGUCGCGGUGCAGCUACUAGUGCCAAAGGAACCCAUGGGGCACAGAGUAGCAAGGGCCACACCUUGCGCAGCUCACUCUCAGUAAGGUUGCUCAAGUUUUCCCGCGAGAAGAAGGCUGCCAAGACGCUGGCCAUCGUCGUGGGUGUCUUCGUCCUUUGCUGGUUCCCCUUCUUCUUCGUCCUGCCACUGGGCUCUCUGUUCCCGCAGCUGAAGCCAUCCGAGGGCGUCUUCAAGGUCAUCUUCUGGCUGGGCUACUUCAACAGCUGUGUGAACCCGCUCAUCUACCCCUGCUCUAGUCGCGAGUUCAAGCGCGCCUUCCUCCGCCUCCUCCGCUGCCAAUGUCGCCGACGCCGACGCCGCCUCUGGCGCGUCUACGGCCACCACUGGCGAGUCUCGACAGGCGACCAGCGCCCCGACUGUGCCCCCAGCCCGCUCGUCGCGCCCCCGGGAGCACCCCUGGCCCUCACUGCACACCCGGGCCCGGGCUCUGCAGGCACGUCCGAGGCACAGGCUCCGGUCUCCGGCCGUCGAAAGCCAGCCUCCGCCCUCCGGGAGUGGAAGCUGCUCGGGCCGCUGCAGAGACCCACGACCCAGCUGCGUGCGAAGGUGUCCAGCCUGUCCCACAAGAUCCGCUCUGGGGGCGCACGGCGCGCGGAGGCUGCGUGCGCCCUGCGCUCGGAGAUUGAGGCAGUGUCUCUAAGCAUUCCCCAAGAUGGGCCAGAGGCUGUCAUCUGCCCUGCCUUUGAGCCAGCCGACUACAGCAAUGUCCGGGAGACUGACAUUUAAAGACCGAGACCCAGGUUGAGGGAUGUGCUGGAGCCAGGGGUGAGGUGCAUUUUGAGAUGCUGCCUUUGGAUCCAAGCGCUUGCCCCAUCUCACUCUAGAGCAACAGGAACUGGACCUGGGACCGGAGCACGCCGUAGGUGGUGGGUUAUGGCUCCCCCUGCUGGACAUGGGUGUCUAGACCUCUACCUGGAAGGGAAAGAUUACAGGAUUCACCCUUCUCAUUCAUGCAGUCUGAGAAACUGCUUAGUCAUCUGGUCCUGAGGUCUGGGCAGAAGAUUUUAGGUCUGGCCACUCGCCUUGGGGAGGAAGAGGUGCAGAUUCUUGUUUUGCUGCUCCUAGGGUAAAGAUCAGUGGGCAGUUUCUACUCCUCCUGCCACCUGAAGGAAAUCAGUAGACCUACCCAUAGGACCUGCGACACUGCAAGGUUCGGUGGCGUAUUGGAUGGCCGCCAUACAAAUCUGUUGAUUUUCACCCUAGGCCCACUGCCUCCUCCCCACAUUCCUAACGUGUAUGCACCCUUCACCUGGCCCAGCCCUCACUCCUCCCUCCAGGGGCCUUACUGUUUACACUCUGUACAUAAUUCAUUGUGCCUGCCUGUGCCCAUCACUUCUCACUGAGAUUCCAGGCUGCCGACAGGGAGAGCCAGCCUUAUUUAUCAUUUUGAAACCUAUUUAUUGGUAAGAGUGCUUAUAUUUUGUUCAGACUGUGCGAACUGUCCAUCUUUGGCCUGUAAUUCACAAAGAGCCCCGCUUUCUGAAUUCCUUGACCACAGGACAGGCCAUGUUCACCUUGCUAGUUUUGUCAUAACUGCAUCUCUGAUA